ACCUUCUCUGUCUCUCUCUCGCUCUCUCUCGCCUCUCACACACACACGCACACUCACACUCACACUCACACUCACACUCACACUCACACAAUGACUUUGCGAGACUUUUUCCAGUGAAAAUAAACAUCGGAAAAAUGUUUAUGUAUGAAUUUGGAUUUUGGAGUCGCUUUGAUUUCAAUUUUAAUACGUUUUGAUAGGGAGAGAAAAUCUCGCAGGAUUAGUGAAGAAUGUUUGACUGAAUUUGACAAAAAUGGGAACUUCCAUAGUUUUUGCUAUUUGUUUGUCAAAUAAGUCAAAGAAUAGUAAUCUUUUUAUCCUUUUGCGUACCGGUUUUCCGUUCUCUCUCCGGCCCAUAAAAAGGAAAUAGAAUCCCGUUAAUUUCUGAAUCAUUUUACCUCCCGUUUUCCUUUCCUGUAUUUGUUUUCCUUUUUCUCUGUUUCCAAGAGUUAGGAGAGAGAGACACUGAAAUCGCUCCCUCCUUCCCUCUUUCCUUUUCUGGGUUUGAAGAAUCAUGUUGAUCCUUGACAAGAAUUCUACCCAAACGAACCUUGAAAGCUUCUUGGAUUGCAUAACUCCAGCUGUACCAUCUCAAUUCUUAUCCAAGAGCGAGAUAAGAAAGCUGAAUACGUUAUGGCAUCCAUGGGAAAGAGAACGGGUGGAUUAUUUUACGUUAGGGGAUCUUUGGAAUUGUUAUGAUGCAUGGAGUGCUUAUGGGGUUGGAGUUCCAGUUAGUCUUGAUCAUGACCUAAAUUUAAUCCAGUAUUUUGUGCCUUAUCUCUCUAGUAUACAAAUCUUCACCAGCAAUGGAUCUGUAAACAGUUCAAGGGAAGAAAGUGAUUCAACAACUGAGACAAGGGAUUCUUUAAGUGACUCAUUCAGCGAUGAGAGCGAAAGAUGGGACGGAUGUUCCUCUGAGGAAGGGUUAUUCGAGCAAGAUGGCUUCUGGUAUCCCAAUGAUAGGUGGGGUAAUCUUUACUUCCAGUACUUUGAGACAGCUUCUCCUUAUGGAAGAGUUCCUCUCAUGGACAAGAUCAGUGCCUUGGCUGAAAGAUACCCUGGAUUAAUGUCAUUGAGAAGUGUAGAUAUUUCACCAGCUAGUUGGAUGGCGGUUUCUUGGUAUCCAAUUUAUCACAUUCCCAUGGGCAGAACCUCCAAGGACUUGAACACAAGCUUUCUCACGUACCACACCCUUUCUUCUUCUUUUCAGGACAUGGACAUUGAGGACGACCCCAAGAGUGGUGAAGGGAAAAGCAAGGGAGGAGAAAGCAUCUCUCUCCCUCCAUUUGGUUUAGCCACUUAUAAGACGAAAGGCGAUGUGUGGGUCUCGGACAAGGAUGGGAAGGACCAAGAGAGGUUGUUAUUGCUUUUGAGCGUGGCAGAUUCUUGGCUAAAGCAGUUAAACAUCCAACACCAUGAUUUCAACUACUUCAUGGGGAUUCGGCAUGGCUAAAAAUACUUACUGAAAUUUCUCGAACCCCACAAAAACGGAUCAGUUACUAGAAUCCUUUUUUUGGUUAGAAUGAAUGAGAUUGAGUGGCGUUAAGUGGUAUGACCUUUUGCUGAUAUUUUUGAAUCAGGGUGUCCCCUUUGUUUCUAGUUUACAAGAGAUUGUUGUUUUGAGGGUAAUUAUAGAUUGGUAGAGAGGAAAGAACCCUUUGGGGCUCUUUUAACUGGGAAAUAAUAUAUGAUACAUUUCAUAUCCUGUAAAGAGAGAUUUAGCUUUCUAGGCUUCGAACAUAUUUCUAUGUUUUGUAAAUUUCUACUUUUUUUUUGCCA